CCAACUAUAUAAAGACCAUUCAUUGUUACACAUGCAUCAGUCGAAAGGUUGACAACACAAAUACUAUACAAAAUGUUCAAGUUUGUAGUUCUCGCUUUGUUGGUGGCGGCUGCGCACGGCAGCGCCAGUCAUGGUGACUACACCAGCUUCUCGUACGGAGUGGCGGACCCACAUACCGGUGAUGUAAAGAGCCAGCAGGAGACGCGCGUCGGCGACAGUGUAGUGGGCCAGUACUCACUGCUGGAAGCUGACGGCCACCGCCGCACUGUGGACUACGCCGCUAACGCUCACUCCGGUUUCAACGCCGUCGUGCGUAGAGAGCCCGCUCUGAUCGCCCACGCCGCUCCCGUUGCCCACGCAGCUCCCCUGGCGUACGCUGCUCGUGUCGCUCCUGUAGCUUACGCUGCCCACGCUGCUCCUCUGGCAUACGCCACCCGAGUCGCUCCCGUAGCGUAUGGUGCCCACGCCGCUCCCCUCGCGGUAGCCGCUCAAGUUGUCCCAGCCUCCGUGUCUUACUCCGCACACAGCAGCUCUGUUGCCCACGCCGCUCCCAUCGCUCAUGCCGCAAUUGCUCCCGUCGCUUACGGAGCAUACGCUGCUCCAUUAGCCCACGGAGCUAUCGCUGCUCCUUACGCCCAUGGCGCUGUCGCCUACGGUUCUUACGGCGCCCACGGUCUCGGUUACGGUCGUUUGGGUUGGUAAACAUGAACUUAAAUAAAUCUUUUUGUGCUGUGAUUUUAGUAAUAACGAAAUAGAAAACGUGAACCUAGCAUACUUGAUAAAUAACUCGGUACUAGCGAACAAAAUACUCAAGAUAUUUAAAUGGCUUAAGUAAUGAUUGUUUAGAGACUGUCUGAUUUAUACCUG